CUGAGGACCAGAACCAUCAGAUGCGCGGGUUGCUUGUCAGCCAUGCAGAGUCCCGGGCCGCACCCCAGACCUGCUGCACCAGGUUCCCAGAUUUAAAUAGCUACACAGAUGCAGGACGCUCCCAUCACCACAGGAAGCCGUACAGGACGGUGCGGCCUGCCUGCCUCUGUGCCCGUCUUGUGCCCACACACCUCACAUGGAUGCCACACUGGUCUGUAGUUCUGAGGACAUGCCAGGCUCACGGCCUUGACACCUACUGUUCCCUCUGCUGGAGUACGCACCCCGCCCCCAACACGGCAGCUGCCUCUCACCCUUCUGGGCUCGGCCUACGCGCCCCUCUCUGGCCACUGUGGCAAACGCUGCCCUUCUGUGUGGGACAUCAGCCCCGAAUACAAUUCUCAGUCUUUUUAGUCAUCCAAACAACUUUGCUCUUCACCUGCCCUCUUAGAAUGGAGGUCCUGUGAGGGCAGGACCCGGUCUCUUUCCCUGGUUCAACCCCCAGGAGCUGACCUGGUGUGCGGCCUGGUCAGGCGCUAGGUGAACACUUGACUGAGUGACCCACGCAGACGGAACAGCAUGUGUGCAACAGCAGAGCGGCUGAGGGCUGGGACGCAACCCUCAAUUAUAAAACUAUUUCUAUUGGGAACUAUACCCUGCUUUACAAUAGCCUGCCUGGCACGUGGCUACCAGGAAAAAGCUGGGGCUCCCCGCGUGUGACACCCACUCCUCGGGAAGUGAGAGCGUGACCUUCAUGUGGCCCUGACACUGUCACUCAGGCUUCUCCAUCCGUCCUCGACAUGAAAUGCCCAACAAGCAUAUCCUCUGACGGCCCUUUCCUCUGCAAAUGAGAAGGGCAAACUCAGAGGGAGCGGUGACUACAAAUGACAGCAGAAGUGAUGGCUGUGACAGCAUGACGCAGCCAGCAGAGCCCCCGACACUCAGGAGCUGAGCAGAUGACUACGCAGCUCGGGAAUGAUGUCCACAAUGAGGGCCCAGGGUCCUCACGGAGUUCUCGAAACGCGUUCAGGGUCUUUUGUUAAAGAGGCAGUUUGAUGCUUUUACAAAGAUCUCCAUCGACGCCAUUUGAAAAAAUAACUCAGCUCCUGUCACACCAAAUCUUCUGGUGUGGGCUGCUGCCACGCCUGGGGACAAUGCAAUGUGAGUGAUGCAGCACCACACGUGUGUCCCCAGGGGCGAGCGUGGGGGAGAACGCACACACGAGUCCUGGAAUCCAGGCCAUCGCGGGGUCGUGGUACGGGCGAGGCCGACUGAGUUUUUCGGGAGCCGCUGAGCGACAAGAGCCCUCCGCCGCCCGCUGCCACUCGCCGCCUCCGCUGUCCAGGCCUGACCGCCUCCGCCACCAUGAACCACUCGCCGCUCAAGACCGCCCUGGCCUACGAAUGCUUCCAGGACCAGGACAACUCGACGCUGGCUCUGCCGUCCGACCAGAAGAUGAAGACGGGCACGUCGGGGAGGCAGCGCGUGCAGGAGCAGGUGAUGAUGACGGUGAAGCGGCAGAAGCCCAAGUCUUCCCAUUCGUCCACCCUGAGCCACUCCAACCGAGGUUCCAUGUACGAUGGCUUGACCGACACUUACAACAGCUACGGGACCAGCACCAAGAGCAGCUACUACUCCAAGUCCCAGGCCGGGAGUGGCUCGUGGGGCUAUCCGAUCUACAACGGGACCCUCAAGCGUGAGGCUGACAACAGGCGCUUCAGCUCCUACAGCCAGAUGGACAACUGGGGCCGCCACUACCCCCGGGGCGUCUGCAGCACCCUGGGCGCCGGCAGCGACAUCUGCUUCAUGCAGAAGAUCAAGGCCAGCCGCAGCGAGCCAGACCUGUACUGCGACCCCCGGGGCACGCUGCGCAAGGGCACGCUGGGGGGCAAGGGCCACAAGACCACCCAGAACCGCUACAGCUUCUAUAGCACCUGCAGCGGCCAGAAGGCCACCAAGAAGUGCCCCGUGCGCCCGCCCUCCUGCACGUCCAAGCAGGACCCCGUGUGCAUCCCGCCCAUCUCCUGUAACAAGGACAUGUCCUUCGGCCACUCGAGGGCCAGCUCCAAGAUCUGCAGUGAGGACAUCGAGUGCAGUGGGCUGACCAUCCCCAAGGCUGUACAGUACCUGAGCUCCCAGGAUGAGAAGUACCAGGCCAUCGGGGCCUAUUACAUCCAGCAUACCUGCUUCCAGGAUGAAUCAGCCAAGCAGCAGGUCUAUCAGCUCGGGGGCAUCUGCAAGCUGGUGGACCUCCUCCGCAGCCCCAACCAGAACGUGCAGCAGGCCACGGCCGGGGCCCUGCGGAACCUGGUCUUCCGUAGCACCACCAACAAGCUGGAGACCCGGAGGCAGGGUGGGAUCCGUGAGGCCGUCAGCCUCCUGAGGAGAAGUGGCAGCGCCGAGACCCAGAAACAGCUGACCGGGCUGCUCUGGAACCUGUCUUCCACCGACGAGCUGAAAGAAGAGCUCAUUGCUGACGCCUUGCCUGUCCUGGCCGACCGCGUUGUCAUCCCCUUCUCUGGCUGCGACGGCAACAGCAACCUGGCCCGGGAGACUGUGGACCCCGAGGUGUUCUUCAACACCACGGGCUGCCUGAGGAACCUGAGCUCUGCGGACGCAGGACGUCAGACCAUGCGAAACUACACGGGGCUCAUUGACGCCCUCAUGGCCUAUGUCCAGAACUGCGUGGCAGCCAGCCGCUGUGACGACAAGUCCGUGGAGAACUGCAUGUGCGUCCUGCAUAACCUCUCCUACCGCCUGGACGCGGAGGUGCCCACCCGGUACCGCCAGCUGGAGUACAACACCCGUAACGCCUACACGGAGAAGUCCUCUACCGGCUGCUUUAGCAACAAGAGCGACAAGAUGGUGAACAACAACUACGACUGCCCGCUCCCGGAGGAAGAAACCAACCCCAAGGGCAGCAGCUGGUUGUACCACUCGGACGCCAUCCGCACCUAUCUGAACCUCAUGGGCAAAAGCAAGAAAGAUGCCACGCUGGAGGCCUGUGCCGGGGCCCUGCAGAACCUGACCGCCAGCAAGGGGCUGAUGUCCAACGGCAUGAGCCAGUUGAUUGGGCUCAAGGAAAAAGGCUUGCCACAGAUCGCCCGUCUCCUGCAAUCGGGCAACUCUGACGUGGUGCGUUCCGGGGCCUCCCUGCUCAGCAACAUGUCCCGCCACCCGGCACUGCACAGAGUGAUGGGGAACCAGGUGUUCCCUGAGGUGACCAGACUCCUCACCAGCCACACUGGUAACACCAGCAACUCAGAGGACAUCCUGUCCUCGGUCUGCUACACCGUGAGGAACCUGAUGGCCUCCCAGCCGCAGAUGGCCCGGCAGUACUUCUCCAGUGGCAUGAUCAACAACAUCAUCAACCUGGGCCGCAGCAGUGCGUCACCCAAGGCCGCAGAAGCUGCCCGGCUCCUCCUGUCUGACAUGUGGUCCUGCAAGGAGCUGCAGAGUAUCCUCAGACAGCAAGGUUUCGACAGGAACAUGCUGGGAUCCUUAGCCGGGGCCAACAGCCUCAGGAACUUCACCUCCCGAUUCUAAGAGGAGGCUGCCCAACCAAGUUCAGCUUGCAGAAAUGGUACGACCCCUCGGAGGAGACCUCAAGCCCGGCUGGAGGGUUAUUCUGUCCACCUAUGCAGUAUUUGGAAACGUUCAAAGCAACUGAGAACAAACCUAAAAACUGUGGAUGAUGGAAAUAUUUUUAGAAUCUUUUUUCCCCCCCUUGGGAGAAUUGGCAAGCAAUG